AUGAGUGGCCCGAAGAAGGCCGCCGCGGGGUGGGGCUCCGUCUUCUCCAGCGCCAUCACGAACCUCGAGUCCCGGCUGGACAACAUCCUCGCAGACGAGAGCGAGCUUGCUGCCAAACAGCGCCUCAAGGCUGAGAAGCAGGCCACGGGAAGCAGAUCGCGCGCAAACUCUGGCCGACUCGCAGCUCCACCGUCCAACGCAUCUGGCCCGCGCUCUAGAGAUGCCUCGAGGACACGCGUCAACGAUCGACUGGCAGAGAGGCUGGCAAAGGCGACAGCCCAGAAAGCUCCUUCCAGAGUCGCGACCCCUGUGACCGAUGCGGACAGUGUCAGGACCAGCGGAGAGGUCCAGCGCUCAGCAGACAUUGCCAGACCAGCAUCCGAUAUCGAGUUGGCUGGGCGAAACGAAGACCAGCAAGGCGGAUCCGCUGCCGUGGAAGCUGUCCCAUCACUCGAUGUUGCUGAGCGACCUGCAACGAGUGAAGAUGUUGCCCUGGCUACUUCGUCUCUUCCCAUCAACCCGGCCAGAAUUUCCACAGAAAGCACCCGCGCCUCUGUCGAGCACGAUAGGAAACAGCAACCUACCGCAAGAUCCUCGUCAGAUCUGCCCAAUGGCGACAGCAGCGUUGCCAAAAGUGCAGCCGAACUACAGGCGGACAUAGAAAGAAUGCAGUCCGAUCAUGCUGCUGUCGAAUUUCAGCGACAAGAAGAGAUGAAUGUCUACAUGGAACGUAUCGAUGCGCUCCAGGCGAAACUCACGUACUUGGCCAACGAGACUGUGGCUGCCGCGAAAGAGGCCAACGCUUCUGCAAGAGCUGGGACGCUAGAAGAGCAGAUCGCCGAAAAGGACCAGCGCAUAGCUUUGUUGAUGGAGGAAGGCGGGAAGCUCAGCAAGAACGAGAUGAAGCACUUGCAAACCAUUAAGAAGUUGCGGAGCAAAUCCACUGAUGACGAGAGGCGCAAUGCCGAGCUGAAGAAGAAGCUUGAACGUGCUGAGAAAGCAGAGGUUGAGUUGAAGGCUAAGCUACGUAGAGCUGAAACGACCGAGCGACAAGCGAACGAGAAGACCAGGCAGAUUGCGGCGAUCGAGAGACAGAUCGAGGAGCUCAGAGUGGACCGCGAGAACGCUGCGGAUUUGGUUCGAAGCCUGACGACACAGCUUAAGGAAGCGAAAGAUCGAGCUGCGAAAGCGGAGAGCAGCAGCAAGUCUUCAGAAGCGGAUAAAAACAAAAUUGCCGAAUUGCAGAAUGAGCUCGAAGAUGCUCAGAUCGAGAAGAGGUUGGCUGAAGACAGAGCAACAUCGGAGAUCAAGAAAAUGAAAGACGACGCUCAGCGGCAGGUGGAGCGCUUUAGCGUCACAGAACUCGAGCUCAAGAACGAAAUUUCUGGACUGGAGUCGAGGCUCGAGGCGAUGAGAAGCCGAGCUGAAGAAGCAAGCAGUUCUGGAGGGGCCACAGAUGGAGAGAGCAGUGUCAAGCUGAUGCGUCAAAUCGAAACCCUUCAGAAACAGUAUGCGCUUGCCAAAGGAAAUUGGGAGACCAUUGAAGGAUCUCUCAACGCUAGGGUCGCAGCUCUCGAGAAGGAGCGUGACGACGUGGCUAAGCGAGAGAGCGAGCUGCGAAAGAAAGUAAGAGAUACAUCGAACAAGGCUCGCAAGGCUGAAGAUGAGCUGGAGAGCACCUUCGACAGUCUGAAGACGGUGGAGCAGGAGCUUUCCAGCCAACAAGCUCAGCUUGUGACACUGCAAUCACGGCUCGAAGAAGCACAGGCGAACCACAGCGACACAAAGGCAGACUUCGACAAGCAGCGGAAGCUGUGGGAGGCGGAGUUCGCACAACGCUUAGAGGAAGAGAAGCUCAGAUGGCGAAGAGAAAUGCUAGGCUCUAGUGCCAAUGCGAUGAACUCACCUCGCACGGAAUCACUGGCAGCUUUUACCCGCAAAGGCUCAGGCACGGACAUCACAAGUCGCAAAGCCCUAUCACGCCUGACUUCCCAUGAGCUAGUAACAUUGCACACUGACCAGAGGCCAGUCAGUCGCCGCAGCUCUGCGGUGCCGCCGCCUGGAUCUGCUCGUGCCGUCGCACCGCCCAGCGAACCAUCACCAUCGAUCAGCAGGAGAGAAUCGACCUUGUCCUUCGACACGCACAACAUGCCGCCCACGCCGUCGAUCGAGAUUGGUGAUCGUAUCAGUGAGGAUGGUGCCCACUCCGCCUCGCCUCAAAGGACCAUCUACGAUAUCGUCAGCACUUCGACUGCGGGUCCUGGUGCUGGUCCAUCGGUUCAGCUCGUAGAACGGAUGUCCUCACUGGUUCGCAAGCUCGAGUCCGAGAAGGCGUCAUUCAAAGACGAAUUGUCAAGACUAAGUGCACAGCGAGACGAUGCGAGGAAUGAAGUCGUUGAGCUGAUGCGUGAAGUCCAAGCGAAGCGCACUGGCGAAACAAAGGUUGCAGACCUGGAGCAAGAGAUCAACACGUUGAAAGCACGGUACGAUGCCAGUCUGGAGAUGUUGGGUGAAAAGGAAGAGGAGGUGGAGGAGCUGAGAGAGGACGUGGAUGAGCUGAAAAGAAUAUACAAGGACUUGGCUGAGCAGAAGUUUAGUACAGGCAAGUAG